GAAACAUGCCGCAUCAUCUCACGACAUGACUGCUUCAUCAUCCCCCAUGCAUCUAUCGCGACGAUGGCACUUGCAGGUGCGACAGGGCCCGCCCAUCUGUCUUCAUCCGACCCAUCCCCGCUGCCCCUCCGUCCGGCUCUACAAUCCCACAGCCAGGUUGAUCUGGGUUCUGUGAAUCACACAGGAGACAAUGUCGCCAGUCCUAAUUAUGGUGCACAAGUGGGUGGGCAUAUCGUCGGCCUUGAUCAGAGCCAAAUACAUGUCACGACUUCAAAUGCCCACCAUUACAACCUAGCAGCCGGAACCAUUCUCAACAUCGCUACAGGUGCCGUCGAUGAACGGAUGGUCAUCAUAGAUUGGCUCGGAAGUCUAUCGGGCCUGGACUUCUCCUCUAUGCAUCGAGCGAAUCUAUCCAAGAGGCACCACGGGACCGGCAUGUGGUUCCUAGAGUACGAGAAGUUCAUAGCGUGGUGUGACGGCUCGAUAAGAACUUUAUGGUGCCACGGAAUCCGUAAGCGACCAUCAACCGGUUCGAUGACUAUGCAGCUCACUCAAGAGCAGUUGGCUCGGGGAAAACGAUACUCUCGUCUAUCGUCAUCGAACACCUCGAAGAGACUCAAAGGCCGGCGGCUACCGAUGCUGCCUGCAUAUUCGUCUUCUUCAAUCACCAGGAUAAGGGGGAGCAGGCCCCAUACAAUCUUACCAUUGAGCUCCUAAAGCAACUAGUUUGUCAGCACAUCGAACUAUCUGAUCAAGUACGCCGGCUAUACGCGCAGUGCAAGCCGCGAGCAACACCACCUCGCCGCGAUCAACUCCUAGCCGU